AUGCCAGCUGAAAUAGCAAGAGGAAAGAAAUAUUAUCAAUAAAAUAUCAAUAAUGAUCUUCCCACUAAGGAUGAGUUAUUUAGUUAGUUGGGAAUUAUGCCUGAUGAUGACUCGGUUAAAGUGAAUAAUCAUAAAGAUGAUCAUCUGAGAAUUUCUAAAUAAUUAAUAUAGGAAAAAUUAAAGAGACUAUAUUAUAUUAAUAUAGUAAGAGUAAUUAAAUUACUUGGCACCAAAACCUCCAACUCCAUUAGUGAUUAAAUAGAAAGUAAAUACUUAAAGAUUGACUUCUUUAGAAUUAGAGAAAAUGUUAGAGGAGCAUAAAUAAUAAAUGCAUCCUAUUGCUGAAUAAUAUGAGUAAAUGAGGUUGAGUGAUGUAAGAAGUAAAAGUUACAAUCCAAAAAGAUAACGAUCCUAGAGUCCAAAAGUUAGAGUGACUUAUCAUGAAGAACCAAUUAAUACUUACGCUCUUAGCGAUCAUAGAAGGAUAUUGAUGGCCCACAUGGUGAUUUUUUAAAAGUAGUGUUACCUAAAUAAAAAUUACAAAAAUACAAAUCUGAAUCUAAAUUGAUAUCUGAUGAUGAUUUCUAAAAGAAAUUUAAGAAUUUUUUGAGAAAUAAGCGAAAAAAUGAUUUGAGUAGAAAUAGUUCUUAAGAGAAAUUAGAAUUUGAUUUGUAUUAAAGUACAAUUCCAAAUAGAGGAAGAUGGAAUUAAAAACAUAUAUAUAAAGCAGUAUUUAAAGAUAGAAGUGUUUUAAGAAAUGAUUCAUCUAUAAGUAAGAGUAAAAAUAAAAGUUAGAAGAAUAAGAAAAUAGAUUAAUCAAUUUGAGAAUAAUAAUUAUGUGAAUAAAUAUUCAAGCAAAUAGAUAAUGUAUAUUAUAAUAAUAUAUUCUUAAUAGAAACAAGUAGGUCUUAUUGAUAAAAUAUAAACUAUUAAAUAUAUGAUUUCUAAUCCAGAAAUUAUGGAAGCUUUUAAUAUUAAUCCUAAAGAUUUAAAUCUAUAAGUGAACAAAUUUCCAACUAAACAGUAAGGUGUAUUUACAUAAAAUGAAUUUACAAAGUUUUUAUAAAAGUACAAGAAUCAAUAUGAUCAUGAAGCAUUUGGUGGAUUGAGUCAUGUUUCAUAAUAAUAAUAAGUUUCAAGUUGUUUAUUGAAUGAAGAUUAAAUUCAGAUUCUGAAGAAGAUAUUUGAUUCUUUAUAAAAUGAUAUGAUUGCUUAAAGAAAAGAACUUAUUUAGGCAAUUCGUAAUGACAUAUAAGUUGUGAGAAUUUUACAUGUUUAAGCAGCAUAUGUAACAGCAAUUGAUAAAAUACUGAAUUUAGAAACUAUCUUAUCAUAAUUAGAAGCAUAGAUCUUUGAAUUUCCUUAUAUAUCUUGGAAACAAUUUAUGGAUGCAUUUGAAUAUGAUAUAAUGGUGAGUAAAUAACAAUUGUCAUUUGGUACUUUAAAGGAGUCUCAAAAAUAAGUGGAUGAUUAAGAUAGUGUUGAUGUUCCUGAAGAAUUAUAAUAGUUAAUUAAAGAUUAAUUCAAUAAGAUUGUAAUGGAUGAUUAUGUUACAGCUUUUGAUCUUAUUGAAUGUAUUAGAAGAGCACCACUCUAUUCAUAACUAAGAAAAUAAAUAAUCAGAAAACAAUAAAAAAAAAGUGAUAUCAAAGAAGAAACCUUGGAGUAAGUAUUGAAAAGAAUUGAAGAAACAGCAGAAGAAUAUUUGACAUUUCAAGAGUUUAUAAGUUACUUUACAAGAAGAGGAUAACCUAAAUUCAAUGAAGAAGUAGCAAGUCUGGCUAAAAGUGUUAAUGUAACUGAGGCAUUAUAAAACGAUGAAAAUAGAAUAGAUGAUUAUGAUUCAGAUCCAGAAUUACACACUUAUUAGGAUAAAAUGUGAAAGUAAAUUAGAUAUUAUAUUUUAUUUCAUCUAAUUAUAAUAAUAUUCUUUUGAAAUAUUUUAUAACAAUUUAAAGAAAAUUCAAAAAUCAAUGUUGUACCAAGAGAACGAUUAAUAAAAUAGCAUCUAAGUUAAUAAGCAUUAUUAACAUAUUCUCAUCAUAAAAAAUCAUUGCCAUCGAAAAAAUCUAAUACAAAAGAAGAUUUCUUAUCUGUCAUAUAACCUAACCAUAAUAUGGAGCUUAUUCAAAACCAAGUGAUUAUUAAUUUAAAGUAACUUAACCAUAAUCAUUUAAUUUUGAUAAAAGAGAAAAAGAACGUUCUAUUUCAAUUAGAGAAAGGAAAUUAUAAGAAAUGUUAGAUGAAAAGAAGAGAAAUAAUUCAUUCAAGAGUUUCAAGGCUAAAGAAAUACCCUAAAUAGUUAAAUAAGAUGGUCUUUAUGAUAAAAUUUUAAAUGAUAAUGAAAAAAGAAGAGAAGAAGUUAAGAAUAAUAUUGUAUAAAUUACUCUUAAAAAUGAAAGACCAUUUUCAUUUUAUAAAAGAGAUUAGAAUUCAUCAAAAAAACCACGUAAAAAGUAUUGGGAAGAAAAAGAAAAGUUUGUUUUUAAGGCAAAAGCAAUACCUUGGCAUGUUCAUGUAGAAUUACUUAAAUAAAUGGAAUAAGAUGAAGAAACCAAGAGAAAAGAACGGAUUGCUAAACAUGCUUAAGAAUUAGCUAUGACUUCAAGAAUGCCUCCUAAAAUGGAAAUGCAUGAGAGAUAAAAGUUAGGGCAUCCCUAAUCUCCAAAAUAUAUGUAAACUUAGCUUACUUACAAAGCUAAAUUCAUUCCAGAUUUUGAUAAAUUACAUUCAUCUUUUCAAGAUCAAUUAAAUCGAAAAAAACAAUAAAUGAGAACUACUGAACCUUUUAAUUUUCAAUAAUCUCAUAAAGGUGUUGAUAGACCAUAUCUUGAAAGAGAAAAUGAAAUUAAAAUCAAUCCAAUCAAAUUAGAUAUAAUUGAAGAAGAAGCCAAAAAAAAAAUGAAUAUUAAACCAAUUAAAUAACCACCUUCUACUAAGAAAUGGGAAAGUAAUUGUGAGUUUUUGAAAAAAGAGAAAAUAAAGAAAGCUGAAAAGUAAGAAUAAAUCAAAAAAGAAGAAUAAGAAAGAUUGGAUAGAAAAGAGAAAGUAUUUUAUCAUCCUUAUUUCGAAGUUUAAAUAAAGAGUAUAAUAAUCAGAAGAUAUUUAAGAUAAUUCCAAGAAACUAGAAUAAUAGAGGAAAGAUAGAAUUGCAUAAUUAAAAAAAGAAUCAAAAGAAUAAGAAAUAAAACAAAAACAAAUAAUUUAAAAUUGUACUGAAUAACCUUUACUAGUUAAAAGACGUAAUAACCAAUCACAAGUAUGAUUAGCCACUAAAAAGGAUGUAGAAUUAGAGAAAAUGAAACAAUUGAGUAAGAUUGACAAAAUGUUAAAAUAAAAUGGAGUCAUGAAUAGAGAAGAAUAUUUCAAUAAAGAAGAAAAAGCUAUGCUUGAUGACAUUAAUUAUUUAAAGAAACAUGGAUAUGAAGAUGAUUUUGAAAAAGAAUGA